AGAUCACUGAAUCGUAAUAUUACAUUUUUAAACAUAUGCUGAACACCAAUCAUUUGCUAAUUUUUCCGACAGUUCAAUCUCCAUCACUUUUUUCCCAACCUUAUAUCCCUUAUUAGUUCCGGAAUAUUUUUCUUUGACCAUUUCAGAGUGGAAAAUUAGCCUCGGUUAGGCAUUAUGCUGAUAGAAAAACUAAUGUAAGUAUAAGAAACAAACUAAAUUUGUUGUACCAAUAAUUAUCCUUGUAAAGUUGUAAAAAACACUUGAAGCUUUAGUUGUGACUUGUGAGGAUGCUUUAAAUACGUAUAGGAACAAGGAUUAGAAUGCGAUAGAAUUUACCGAGAUGGAGCCUACACACGCAAUUGAUCAGAAUGAGUUGUCUGAACCUUGGAAUCUAAAGACACAAAUAUCUUGCCGACUUUACCCCUGUCUGUGAUUCGUCUGAUGGAUAUACUUCAUUAUUAGAAAAGCUUAUGAUGGACUUUAGGAAAAUAAUUUUAAGACUGCCCACUUCUGCUUUGCAUUGCCAUAUCAACUAGAUUCAUAUAGCGAAGAAUAGAUACUUCUACCACGAGGAGGAUAGUAAUAGAACUCCAACAAUGUAAGAAUGUGAGACAGUUUCUCUCACUUUACCCUUACUGAAAAGUGGCAGCAAUGAAUGAUGACAUGCCUAUUGGUUGGCCAUUUGGGCUUGGCUUCUUGAACAUGAGACUUAGAGUUGGGGAAUCCCUCCCAGCAGCUUCAGUGGCACCAUACCAACUGCACGUGCCAUCCACCAGUUUCUCUUCAUUUUCAUCCUCUAACCUUGAUACUGAGUCUACAGCAUCGUUUUUCCAAGACAACAGUGUAUCCCUUGCGCAGCUAAUUGGAAUUAGACCAGGUGACAGAGGGCGCCUGUAUUAUCCAAACUCAUUGAGGUUUGAAGAAAGGAAGAAGAAAUUAGCAAAGAGUUCCGGUUCUGAUGGCUCUAAAGUACAAGGAAUGGAUACGUCUCGAGUCAUUUGCAUACCCUUGCUAAAGAUUAGAAAGAGUAAGAAGAGUUCAAGGAACUAGAACAUGAUUGUACCAUUGAGAGAACACGAAUUAAUGAUUCUAUUGUUGCCCCUUGUCAAAAUUCACUUAUGCUUUCGAGUUAUUUCAACCAGUUUUUCUUACAUGGCCCGUUUUAACUUUCCCCAAGCUUGUUCUGUCUUUGUUUUACUUCAUAGUUCAUACUAUGGGAAUAUAAUAAAAGAAGGUUACUUGUAUUUUCUUACUAGAAUCC